AUGAGCAAGAUCGAUCACAUAAUUGAUUCGGAUGGCAGCUCUAACAAUGUACCAGAUGAAAAGAUCCAUAACGUUGUAUCAAUUACCGCUGAAGAAAUUGGCGACGAGAAUGCCGUCAUCACAAGCAUCUUAUCACCCUCAGGUAGGGAAGUUAAGAUUACAGGUGAUGUCGACGACGCCAUGAAACUCGCUCUAGAGUCGAAGGAUGUUACCUUAACUCCUGAAGAAGAUAGGAAGUUGGUUCGCAAGAUAGACUUGUGCAUGUUUCCAUUAAUGUCUCUACUUUAUGCUGUACAAUUUAUGGACAAAGUAUCCAAUAGUAAUGCAGCUAUCAUGGGGUUGAGAACUGAUUUAAAAAUGCAUGGGGACCAGUAUUCCUGGGUAGGCUCUGCAUUUUACUUCGGUUACAUGCUUGGCCUUUUUACCUUACCCCCAUUGAUGCAAAAAACUAAAUAUUUCAUGAAAUUCCUAUGCACCAUCAUCAUGAUAUGGGGGAUGGUUCUUGCUGUUCAAGGUGCCCCAACAGUUAAUUAUGCUUCGUUCAUAUUUUUAAGAUGUCUUUUGGGCUUUUUCGAAAGUGCUGUUACUCCAGCUUUUACGAUUAUAACAGCACAAUAUUGGAAAAAGGAGGAACAGUUUUUGAGAAUUUGUAUAUGGUUUGGUUUUAAUGGUUUAGGUGGUAUGUGGGGAUCUGCAAUUGCGUAUGGGUUGUAUAUUCACCAAGGGUCUUACACCAUUUCUGAAUGGCGAUUGGUUUUUAUUAUUACAGGCUGUAUCACCGUGUUCGUAGGCAUGAUGAUGAUGAUCCAUCUGCCAGACUCUCCCGACAAGGCAUGGUUCUUGUCUAAAAAAGAAAAACUCCAACUAGUGGAGAGAAUUAGAGGAAAUCAACAAGGGUUUGGUAACCACCAUAUCAAGAAGCACCAAAUAUGGGAAGCUUUGAAAGAUGUUCGUACUUGGUUGUACUUUUUGUACUCAGUCGCUGGUGAUAUUCCAAAUGGAGGUAUGACCAACUUCUCGUCAAUUCUCUUAACAGAUGAUUUCAAGUUUGCAACGAAAGAAUCUUUGUUAAUUAAUAUCGGUGUUGCAUCAGUUGAAUGGGUCGGUUGUCCAGUGAUUGGUUUGAUCUCAUAUUACUGUUACAAAAAGAAUGUAAAGUAUUUGAACACAAGGUUAAGUUGGGCUUUCAUUACUACUGCUGUUGUCUUGGUUGGUGUAUGCUGUCUUGCGUUUGCCAAGCACAACAAGCACGCACGCUUGUUUGGUCUUUGUAUUUUCAGUAUCUCACCUAUUCCCUUUAUCUGUGUUCUAUCCAGUAUAUCGGCAAAUACAUUGGGUUACACUAAAAAAUGGACAGUAUCUUCAAUUAACUUGCUUGCCUAUGCUGCUGCAAAUAUUGCUGGUCCACAUACUUUCAUCGACACCCAAGCGCCCGAUUACAAUGGGGCUAAAGUUGCAAUGGUUGUAUGUUACGCUGCAGCACUAGUGAUAAUUGCUCUCUUAUAUCUGGUUAAUGUGAGAGAGAAUAAUAAAAGGGACAAAAUCGCCGCUGAAAGAGGAGAUGAGUCUCUCAUGGAGAACAUUGAGUUUGCCGACUUGACUGAUUUUGAGAAUCCCAAGUUUAGAUAUGUAUUAUAG